CUCCUGGGCAAAGAGGGGUGAAGUGGAUUACUGCCCCUCUUUUCCACUCGGAGAAAGUGAACAGACCCUUGAGAAGAUGAGGGUCGAACUGCUUUCAGAUGUCAAGAAGCGCAACAACAGAGAGACAAUUAGGGCUAAAAUGAACACAACAUUUGCAUUAAGAAGACAAGAAGUCAUUUGUGAUGCUCCCAUGAUCAGCAAUGUACAAGAGAGAUGGCCAGCUCUUUUUGAUGCAGCGGAGAUAAACGCGGAGUUCAAGCGCAUCACAACCAUGCCUCUACAGUCGAGGUUUCUGUCACAGCUGGACCUUCUCUCUGAAAGUCUGCUGAGAGUGUUUGCAAAGCGAUCGGGGGAGCAGGGCAAAAAGCUGAAAGACAUAGCUGCCAUGAUGACAGAUGACAUUGAUGCUGGAAGGGAGUCCAGCAUCAAAGGACUCUGCAUCUAUCUGAAUGAGAAUCCCGACAUCUUGGUGCAGGAGUACAUGGACAUGACUGAGGCCACUGCACUGAGUGCCAUCGAGAAAACGACAGUGGGAAUCUACGUCACCAGAGAGACGCCAGGCAAUGACUUUCCUGAUGUCGGCAUCAUCAUCGAGGGUGUGGUGGUUCUUCAGGAUCUGGAUAAUGUGGCCCUUGCAACAGCCAUGCUGUUUGGACUUUUUUACUCCUUGAACAUGAGUUACCCGUCACAGCUCCGCUACACUUUCGAGGUAAUUCAAAAGGUGGUAAUGGAGUUGGAUGCGACUCAACUCUCGAGAAAAGCCCAAAACUUAAAGACAAAACUGCUCCGGUAAGCAGAGCACACUGUUGUUGUGCACGUGAGGUUGUUAGCUCCAGGUCAGAGGACAUUUGAAGCUCACACUUGCUCUCCUGCAUUUUGGAGGUUGAAUGUCCAGAUGAACAAUCGGCAACCCACAACAAACCACAGCGUUCAUUGUUAAGUGUUUAUUCUGUAACUGUUAGGCUAUUCUGUAACUGCCAUGUGGAUGGGGACAGUUUUUUUCCUC